AUGUUUCAGCGUCGAAUGCUCUCCAAGGACGAUGAGGCCACAGGCAGCGAAGAAACAGAAGUCCGUCGUGAAGACCAGGAAAAGAUAAACCGCUUUAGCCGGCUACAUCAGCGAGAGGCUGUGUUGGAGGCACAGCUGAAGGCGAAAAUGAAGGACAAGGAAGACCUCGAGGAAGUUUCUGCAGAGCUCGACUUGGCUGAUGAAGACGUUCCAGUCCCAUACAAAAUCGGCGACUCGUUCAUGUCGCUACCCUUGUCUGAGGCCCAGGAUAUGCUUGCAGCGUCUACGGAGAAAAUCGAAAAGGAGGUGUCCGAAAUAGAAGAGAAGCUAGCAGCGCUGAAGGAGGAAGCGCAAGAGUUAAAGAUUUCCCUAUAUGCACGAUUUGGAAAAAGCAUCAAUCUGGAGACUUGA